CGCGAGCUGCUUUGUGUGUGCUGGGAACUGAACUGAACCUCUGCAAGAGCAGCAGAGCUCUGAACGGCCGAGGCAUCUCUCCGGUGCUUGGUAGUCUAUCAUGAAAAGUUUCAGAAUGCUCUCAACUAAUGCUCCCUGAAUUCGCAAAGGUGAUUUUUCUUACACAGGUAGAGCAGUGUAAAUUGUAUUCCACCACCAAUACUUUCUGUUCUAGAAUAUGUUUUCUAUUUCUGUUUAAGAUAUCUUUUUAAAAAGCGUGUUACUUUGUGGCAUAAAACCUCAGUUGGCUUCCUACUUAAUAAAACAAAAUCCAUAUUCCUUUCCUUGGUCUGCAAGGCCCUACUUAACCCAGCUUCUACACGGCUGUCCUUGGUAACUGCUCCAGCCUUGGUGCUUUUCUUACCUAGCGCACUCGGAGCCCAGGCUUUCAUGAAAGCCUUACCAUUUACUCCCCAUUGCCUGCAAUGUUGGCUCCUUUAUCAUGCAGGUCCCAGCUCAAAUAACCUCAGAGAGGCUUUCCCUAAGUAAAGUAGCACUUCGUUCCUUCUAUAUAGUUAUUUAUCAUAUCUACACACACACACACACACACACACACACACACACACACACACACACACAGUGUGUUCUAGUUUUAUAUGCAUAUGUAACAUUAUCUUCCAAUACUUAGCCACUAAUGGAAGUCCUGUAAAGGGCGGUGAGCUCCAUUUUGACCCUGUUCUGAAUGCUCACAAUAGGCCAGACUGGUUGGUGGAAAUGUAAGAAGAAAAGAAUUUUACAUGGGAUGUAGAAAUAGCAUAUCUAAACUCAGCAGUCUGGUUUAUGUUAUCACCUUCCAAGUUUCACUGAUAAACAGCUUCCAAAAGAUUUGAAGAGAAUUUCUGAUCCCUUUUGUUUGUCUUACAUCUGAACAUUGGGGUUUUGGAUGUGUAGCUUUGUGGUACUUGAGAUGCAGGAAGGUACGGUGCACCGGCUUUUGUUUAUGAAUUUUCUGUUUGUCUUUGCUUCUGUCUUUCCCUUACUCCUGCAGCAUCCUCCACGGGCCCUUCCACCUGUGCCAAGUGCUAUUCAAGAUGAGAUUCCACUUAGCCAUCCUAAGAAAAAGAAAUCCAGAACGAAAAGCACACUAGCGUCUGCUUCUUCCGAAGGCCUCGCCAAGCCCGUUGUUGACAGACGCUCUGAGAGCAGUGAGCCGCCAGCUGCAGGCCUCAGGGAGUCCCCAGAGGCUCCUGUCCAGAGGAGGCAGAAGAAGACAAGGCCACCUCCUGAGUUGGAGACUUCCUUCGCUGGAAAGCCAUCCAGUCCGUCUUCACUGCGAAAUGAAAACGGCAUCGACGUGGAGCCGCCUGCGGGGCCAAUGAUUCCAAAACCUCGGAGGAAGGCAAAGAAAACCCAGCCAGCCGAACUACAGUAUGCUAAUGAGCUGGGAGUCGAAGAUGAAGACAUAAUAACGGACGAGCAACGCACUCUGGAUCAGCACUCGAGGUUCACAGCGCCCACUGGGAUUAGCCAGCCUGUCGGCAAAGUGUUUGUGGAGAAAAGCCGGAGAUUCCAGGCGGCAGAUCGUUCGGAGUUGAUCAAGACCACAGAAAACAUAGAUGUGUCGAUGGACAUGAAGCCGUCCUGGACCACCCGGGAUGUGGCGCUUUCCGUGCACCGAGCUUUCAGGAUGAUUGGUCUGUUUUCGCAUGGCUUCCUGGCUGGCUGUGCCGUGUGGAACAUUGUCAUGAUCUACGUUCUCGCGGGAGAUGGGUUCUCUGACCUCUCCAACCUUCUGCAGCAGUACAAGCCCUUGGCAUACCCGUUCCAGAGCCUCCUCUACCUGCUCUUGGCUCUGAGUACUGUUUCAGCAUUUGACAGGACUGACUUUGCUAAAACAUCAGUAGCCAUCCGGAACUUUCUGGCCCUGGAGCCAACGGCUUUAGCCUCCUUCUUGUACUUCGCUGCUCUAAUACUGUCUCUGAGUCAGCAAAUGACAAGUGACAGAAUCCACCUUUACACCCCUUCUGUGAAUGGAAGCCUCUGGGCAGCGGAAGUCGAGGAACAGAUUCUCGGGCCGUGGAUCAUCGUGAAUUUGGUGGUGGCUCUUCUGGUUGGGUUGUCCUGGCUCUUUCUGUCUUAUAGGCCAGCCAUGGAUCUUAGUGAAGAGCUAAUGUUCUUCUCUGAUGUGGAAGAGUACCCUGAGAAAGGAGUCCAGCCGACUGUGUGAUGCCAGCCCUUCCACUGAAGUAAAGACCACACAGUGCCCACCCUCCACCGCAGUAAAGACCCGCCCAGUGCCCACCCUCCACCGCAGUAAAGACCCGCCCAGUGCCCACCCUCCACCGCAGUAAAGAAAGACCCGCCCAGUGCCCACCCUCCACCACAGUAAAGACCCGCCCAGUGCCCACCCUCCACCGCAGUAAAGAAAGACCGCACAGUGCCCACCCUCCACCGCAGUAAAGACCCGCACAGUGCCCACCCUCCACCGCAGUAAAGACCCGCACAGUGCCCACCCUCCACCGCAGUAAAGAAAGACCCGCCCAGUGCCCACCCUCCACCGCAGUAAAGACCCGCCCAGUGCCCACCCUCCACCGCAGUAAAGACCCGCACAGUGCCCACCCUCCACUGCAGUAAAGACCCGCCCAGUGCCCACCCUCCACCGCAGUAAAGACCUGCAUCUCCCCACAUUGUUUUUAAGCAUAUUUUUAUAAGAUCUGUAUAUGUGUAUUUAUAAUUGAGCUUUUGUUAUAUAAUGCUGAAAUGCGUCUGAAGAUUAUGAAAAAUGUUUAAAUUGCAUCUGGUCUUUAUACCGAACAUUAAUUUCUAUAGUAUUGUCACCUAAGUGAUACAGGAGACAAUGGGCUAAAAAGCAGGCGGAAGUGUUUGUUUCCUGUUCUCUCAAAUCUGCUAUGUGCAUAAUCAUAAUCAUAAUAAAAAGCGCCAAUCUAAAAAAGCCAUAACCUCAGUGUUAUAGAAUAGAUAUCACGUUUAAAUGUAAAUUUAGAGAAGAGGGUAGAAGGGAAAUGCCUUCAUUUUGUAUUUUUGAUGUCUCCUUAUUGAACACACUACAGUAUAAAAUUUGUGUUUUCUGAAUCUGGUAAAUGUUUGUGUAUCAUGUAAGAAUUACAUUGUAAUUUAAAUUGAAAGAUGCUUUACUUCAUGGCUAAUAAAACAGAAAUAUUUUUGUUUGAAA